CCAUGCUGCAAAAAUCAUAUCUGCUGCUUUUCUUUUGGUUUCUUCAUUGACGGUAUAGUCCAAAAGGGUAAUGAUAAUACUAGUUUUUCGGAGGGUAAUUCAGUCAAUAAGAAUAUUAUGGAGCGCCAUAAUCAAGCCUUCUGGAGUGGAAAUAGCGCUGCUCUACUUAGUCCCAGCUAGUUUUACUUCUCUCUCUGUAGCAACCUCGACUCGCGCGAUCCUCCAAAUCUUCAUCGUUUCGGCUCAAGUUCGAUAUCGAUUAGUUGAAUUCAAGUAAAGAAAAUGGCGAUGGGGACUAUAGCUCGGCGAAUCUCUCGUGAAUCGACGACAACGCGUGCGGUAGGAUCAUUGCGUUAUGCUAGCUGGAGAUUGUAUUCUACUGCCUUCAGAGAAGAAAGGGAUACUUUUGGGCCUAUUCAAGUACCUAAUGACAAGUUAUGGGGUGCACAAACGCAGAGAUCACUUCAAAACUUUGAAAUUGGCGGUGAGCGUGAGCGGAUGCCGGAGCCGAUUAUUCGUGCUUUUGGCAUUCUUAAGAAAUGCGCUGCUAAGGUGAAUAUGGAGUAUGGCCUUGAUCCAUCUAUAGGGAAGGCUAUAAUGCAAGCUGCUCAAGAGGUAGCUGAAGUGAAACUAAAUGAUCAUUUUCCUCUUGUCGUUUGGCAGACUGGCAGUGGCACUCAGAGUAACAUGAACGCCAAUGAGGUCAUUGCCAAUAGAGCAGCUGAGAUUCUUGGCCAUAAGCGUGGUGAAAAGUAUGUACACCCAAAUGAUCAUGUGAACAGAUCACAGUCUUCUAAUGAUACCUUCCCAACUGUAAUGCACAUUGCGGCUGCAACAGAAAUAAAUAAAAGAUUGAUUCCCAACUUAAGAAACUUGCAGACAACAUUACAUGCUAAGUCUGUAGAAUUCAAAGAUAUUGUCAAAAUUGGACGUACACAUACUCAGGACGCAACACCUUUGACCCUCGGGCAAGAGUUUAGUGGCUACACUACACAAGUGAAGUAUGGAAUUGAUAGGAUCAUGGUUACUCUACCCCGCAUGUAUCAGCUUGCACAAGGUGGAACUGCUGUUGGAACUGGAUUGAACACAAAGAAGGGGUUUGAUGUCAAAAUAGCUGCAGCAGUGGCUGAGGAAACAAAUUUACCAUUUGUCACAGCAGAAAACAAGUUUGAAGCCUUGGCUGCGCAUGAUGCUUUUGUUGAAAGUAGUGGAGCCCUUAACACAAUUGCUACCUCUCUGAUGAAGAUUGCAAAUGAUGUACGGUUAUUAGGAAGUGGUCCACGAUGCGGUCUUGGUGAACUCAUACUUCCUGAAAAUGAGCCAGGCAGCAGUAUUAUGCCAGGAAAGGUUAAUCCUACCCAGUGUGAGGCACUUACCAUGGUGUGUGCUCAGGUUAUGGGAAAUCAUGUUGCUGUUACAGUGGGUGGAUCAAAUGGCCAUUUUGAACUAAAUGUAUUCAAGCCUAUGAUUGCUAGCAAUCUCCUACAUUCAGUAAGAUUGCUUGGAGAUGCAUCUGCUUCCUUUGAGAAGAACUGCGUGAGGGGAAUUCAAGCUAAUAGGGAAAGAAUUUCCAAAUUACUUCAUGAGUCGCUAAUGCUUGUCACAUCCUUAAAUCCUAAAAUUGGUUAUGACAAUGCUGCAGCAGUUGCCAAGCUUGCUCACAAGGAAGGAAGUACUCUAAAGGAAGCUGCAUUGAAACUUGGAGUGCUCACCGGUGAAGAAUUUGAUAACCUUGUGGUGCCUGAAAAAAUGAUUGGCCCAUCUGACUGAUUAACCUACAAGGGGUUUCAUGCUUCUGAGGAUUGUUUUCCUGAUGCUUGGACAUUGCAUGUUCAUUGUGGUUUAUGCAACAGAUCGCAUGUGGGGAAUAAUAAUGUAGGCGGAGAAUCUAUUUUGUUAAAACAUAAAACACAUUUUUAAGAGGUUUUCCUCCAGUUGGCUUCUCUUAUUCAUCAGAUAAGUAACAACCGACUAUUUAAGGGGUUAAUAAUAGAAAGCCGCCUCCAUUUUUUGUAAGGUUCUUUUCCAGUGUAAUUGAGAAAUCACAUGCGGCAAUGUAAAAUGUUAUUCUUUUGGAAGGAGAUUUCGAAAACACUUUACUAGUA